AUGACUCCUGGGCCGAUGAUAACUUCGACACCAGGUCCGUACAUGCUGUGUGCUGCGAAAGGGUGCGAGAGUGCCGCGCGUUUCCCCUUCGUUUCUCCAACGGUCUCCCCUCUCUUGCACGCGCAAUAUUUCACUGCAUGCCAUCACCCGCCAGUACGAACCGCAUCGUCAUGCCUCCAUCUCGUUAUUCCGUGCGCGCCUGACGCGAGUGCGGCGGCGCUGGUGCCGCAGGUGCAGUCGGAGGACGAGUGCGUGGAGGACCUCCGGGGCUUCCCCGCAUUCGACGUCAAGCAGCACGACGUGCGCCUCUUCGCAUGCCUGGCGCACCGCUUCCUGCAGCCGUGGAUGGGCAUUCCGGGGAUCAAGGAGGGGCUGGGAGCCCGAGGCAUGAUCGCGCCGGGUCUGCUGAACGCCAUGGCGAAGAUUGGCGGGGUAAUGUCGUGCUCCGCCCACGUGCGCAUAGUGAAGGGCGCCAUCUAUUUCCGCUACGGCGGGUUCGAGUUCGAAUGGUACCGCAUGCGGCGCUUCGUGGUUUCAAUUCUGAUGAUCCAGGAGGCCAUUCGCAUUUACGGGCUCACCUCGCUCAAUGCCGAGUUCUUUCUCAACACGUGCGACCUGCCCGCCAGCACUGCUGGCUCACGCGCCAGUGAGAAGGCCGGGUUGCCCAUCUUCAGCCCGCAGGGGUCGCUAGGGUUUGUGGAUAUUCUCUACCCCGACCCGGUGGACCUCUCCAUGCACUACUACAGCGAAAACAGCGGCACGAUGCCGUGGGAGCGGAAGAGGAGUAAGGCAGUGUUCAGAGGUGCUGCCACAAACUUUAAGAUCAAUCGGCCCUACCAGUGGAGAGGCAGUCCCAGGUUUAGACUGCACCGCAUGUCGGAUGUGCGGCCUGACCUCCUGGACGCCCGCAUUAUGCGACUCCACGCCGCGAAAUACAAAGACCUUUUGAGCAAGGACAAGAUCGUGAAGGGCAGGGCAUUCAAUCGGUCGCAGCUGCAGUCGUACAAGUACGAGCUUGUUGUGGAUGGAGGUUCAGGAACGUGCCGCACAUGUGGAGUCAUGGCCAGUGACCAACUGAUGAUCAAGCAAACGUCAGAGCUGUAUCAGUUCUUUGGUCCUCUGCUCUGCCCCUUCCGCCACUUCCUGCCCACGGCCCGCUACUUUGCGGACCUCUUCUCUCGCAUUGAGUGGGCGCGAGCCAAUGACCAGCAAGCACGGAAGAUCAACAAGGAGGCCAACAAGGUUGCAAGGUCAUUCUCGCAUCCCGGUUGUUUCUCUCACAUCGCAGCCAUGAGGGGGUGGUUGCUCGCGUUUGUUUGUGUGGCCGUCUCAGCAGUCGCGCAGGUGGCUGCAUCUCCAGCAGUCCUUUUCCUGGAUCAAACUAAAGGCUCUUACUUCAACCGCGCCUCUGGAUCUGCAGAGUUAGCGGCUCUUUCAACGACUGCAACAGUUGCAGCCACCGCUGCUUUGCUUGGUGUGUCUGUUCCUCCCAACAGUGAUGCUGACAUUUCUGCUCAGUUAAAUUCAUUGCUAAUUCCGGAUCCUUUCAAUCGUCCCCGAUCAGUUUUCCUCCUCAAUCUUCCAGGAGUUGAUUCUUCCGUGUACAGCAAUGUCACAACUGGCUCAGUGCAAGUGGUACAGUCCCGCGUGCUUGCACCCACCUCGGGGGUGACUGCUGAAUAUGUGGCUGAUGAGCUCGAAGCAGAGAUGAUCGCUCUUUACAGAUCUGCCAGGUUGGAAGGAUUGAAGGUGGAUGUUGCUACCUGCGGUUGGAGAAACGCUGAUCUGGACUUCGCGGUUGAGAGCGCUGUUGCUGCCUCGCCCUGUGACAACGUUUGCCUUGAGCUCCUGAUGUCUCCGGCAUCAGUGGGGGAUGAGGCGUCGCAGCAGCUGCGCCGUGUUCUGAACACUGCUUUGGACGCCAAUAAGGAUGGUGAUUCCAACUUUUUGGCGAAUCUGGCAUGUGUUGUAAGGGCCAUGCGCUCUGCCAGCUACGAUUCGGCAGAAAUGGCUGCUCAUCCGCAUCUGCUCGUUGCAUCUCUUGCAGGGUUUCAGGAGAAACAGGACCCUCAGGUUGCAUCCGCACGCUUGGCUUUCGUCCUUGCCACUAUUUCUGCCCACAUGUAUUCUCUCCGAUUAUCAAACAAGGGAUCAGUAGUUGCAGAAGUGGUGCUGGCGGGAGCCUCUUCAGUGCAGGCAGCGCCACAUCUGUUGCUGCAGCAGGUUGUGUUGUCGGGAGAUCAGCGUCCAGGAGCUCGUCAGCUCCGUGGUGUGGUGGCUGCCUCCCAGGUCGCACAGGCACAGGGGCUGGAGACCCCUGCUGAAGUCCAAUCAACCUCCAUUCUCGUUGCAACUGUCAUUCUGCUUAUUUCUUCACUGGUCCUCGCUACCGGCUACCUCUUCAACAUGCCCCUCACCCGUGACACCCUCUUGUACUCUGGAGCACAUUUGCCUCACUCCUCUUUCUUUUUCGUCCCGCUUUCGUCGCCGUCGCUCCCUGCGUUCCCUCCUCUCGAAAUUUUCAACGCAUCCCCGCAAUACCCGCAGGGCCAUGGCGGGGUGAUGGCGUUGUUCUGCAAGUUCCCCGACCCACUCUCGUUGGACGGCGGCAGCGGCGCCAUUCAGCCGUCCAGCCUCCAGUCUCCGCUGCUCACGCCGUCCAACUCGUACGGCGCCGUGCUCAUCGCGUACGAGUCGCCCACGCUCAUGCGCGCUCGCGGCUUCGAGUUGCUUCGUUCCAUGAGCAACCUCUAUCAAACCCUCCUCACCCGUCCGCGAUUCCCUCUCCGCCGCACCACCUCCUCCUUCCUUACCCGCGCCGACGGCUUCAAACGGGGGAAGCUCGAGGCGCAGAUGAAAGAUAUGUGCGCCGCGGAGCGCGGUCUAAGAUGCUCGCAGGACCUGCGAUUGUACCCCAUGGCGCCGAAGGCUUUCCUGGUGCGCGAUUCGUACCAAUCGGCGGAGGAUCUAGCGGCGAUAGAGGCGCUGCGCGAGGAGGUGGAGGCGAAGAAGGAGCGCGCGAAGAACAUGCUGGAAGCAGAGCUGCAGUUCGUCAAUAACAUGGCGGACGAUGACAUCUGCUCCCUGCCGGGUACUCUCCACCUCGGGGAAUCCGCCGACGGCGGUGGCGACGGUGACGGUGACAGUAGGCGCGGUGGCGAGGCGGCAGUGGGGAGUGUAGCGCAAUCAGUGCCGUAUAACCCGGAUGUGAGCGCGGAUUCGGACGACGAGCACGAGGACCUGGUGCCCAAGUCCAUGCCCGGAGAUUACUACAUGAAACACCCCGCCGCUGAACCCGCUGCUGCUGCGCCUCACGGCGCUGUUUCGCGCGGGGGCUCCUCCCGUGCGCUCAGCUUCUCGCUCUCCUUCUCGCACUCGCGAUCGCGCCCGCGCGAGCAGCAAGCGGACGUGGACGACCUCGCGAGCCGCGUGCGCGCCCUCGCCGCCGCCAGCGCCCCCGCCCCCGCCGCCGACGAUUCGCUCGCCGCCUCCGCCUCGGCGUUGCUCUCCUCCUGUCACUCCUCCUCGCGAUCCGCGUGCCUAUCGCUCGUGGCGGACGGCGCGAAGCUGAAGCGGUCGGGAAGCCACGGCAGCCGAUCCAGGUCGGGCGGGCUGAGCUCGCGCAGCUUCAGCUUCGUGCACGGCAGCGGCAGCGGCGGCAGCGCCAGCGGCACCCUGUCGCAUUGGCUUCGCGGAAACCGGGGGUCGCUGCUGCCUGCGGACGCUGCCCGCGUGUCGCCCGCUAGCGACGCGGCUGGCGGCACGGCUGUGUCGCACAGCGCGGAGCUGAUUCUGGGGAAGCGGCAGGGAGGCGAGGGGGGCGUGGAAGGGGGCGCGCUUGGCGAGAGCCUGGAAGAGGCCCUGGCAAAGGCGCAGCAGCGCGCUCAGGCGAAAGAGGCGCAGGGGCACGCAGUGCGGCCGGGGUCCGGGCAGGCACAGGAGGAGAUGAAUUCGCGGUGUAAUAAACAGCACAGGACGUGCUCGCACCCGCAUGGGCAUCACCGUCACCACCGCCAUUGUGCGCCGCAGCAGCAACAAGGGCUAUGUGAACCGCGCAGCGGGGAAGUUAGUCCGCGUGGAAAACAGGGCGUGGGCGAGGUGGCACCGGGCUCUCCGGCAGCGAAAGCAGUGGAGGCGAUAGCAAUGGCAAUGCGCAAGAAGAAGAGCAAGCUCAGCGCGGGGGGCAGCACCAGCCCCACCAGCGGCGCCAGCAGCAGCAACGGCGCCCCACAGGUUGCAGACUCGGGGAAGGACAAGGACAAGAAGCGCGAGCGCGACCGCGCCAACACUGGGUGGGGAUUAUUGUUUGGAAAGGGGAGGGAGGAAAGGGAGAUGGAGAAGCGUUUAAGGGACAAGAGCCGGAGCUUGCGGUCUAGGAGCUCUUUUUUUGUGUCUGAGAGGAGCAAGAGGGCAGUUCCUGUGGCACAGACGAGCCAUGAGGCGGAGGCCAUGAACGGAGGGGCGUUCGGGGGCCGUGGCAGGGGCGAGGCGUCGCGCAGUGCUGGUGGCGAUGCUGUGCCUGGGUCGUCCCCGCGUUGGGUGCAUGAGGCGUGGGCGGCGGGGCAUGAGGGUACGCAGGGGGGAAGCGCUGCGAGCGAAGAGGGAGGAGGGCGGUUGAGGCACUUGUUUGGAGGCGGGUGGCGGCGCUGA